CCGGACUCGGUACCCCGCAACUCCGGGGAAGGGGAGGGAGCGGCGCUUAAAGCGGGCGGGGACCGCGGUGCUACUGCCCUGUCGCAGGGCGCUUGUGCCGCUUUAAGGCGGUGCCGCCGCUUCGGGCUCGGUCAGGCACCGGGAAGAGGAACUGGGCUUUGUACUGCCGGGUCGGGCCGAGCACCGGGCGGCCCUAGUUCCCCCCAACCCCGCUGCCGCUGGCGCCCCUGCCGCUGCUUCUGCCCCUGCCUGCUUCGCGCUCGCUGCAAGGGAGGGAUGGAGGGGGAGGAAGCGGUGGGGCGAGGACAGGUCUCUGCAUCCCCACCGCACCCCCCCUGCAGCCCCUCUGCUCUCCUUUGCGUCCCUCCUGCAUCCCUCCCGCACCUUCCUUCUGCUUGCAGGGUGCGUGCUUGAAAUAAAGGACACCCUCCCCUUCCCUACCCGGAGAUCCCUUCCAUUCCCGCCACCAUGAUUUUGCUGAGCAGCUUCUUGCACCUUCGGCCUCGGCGCUGCGGCCCCUUCGCUGGGCUGGGCAGGGGGGUCAGCCCCACAGCGGGCUCCAGCCGGGCUCUGCGGGUGCUGGUGGACAUGGACGGGGUGCUGGCUGACUUCGAGGGAGGCUUCCUCAAGAAAUUCAGGGCCAGGUACCCCGACAAGCCCUACAUUGCCCUGGAGGACCGGAGGGGCUUCUGGGUGUCAGAGCAGUACGGGCGCCUGGGACGUGAGCUGAGUGAGAAAGCCAUCAGCAUCUGGGAAUCCAAAAACUUCUUCAUUGAGCUGGACCCACUCCCCGGGGCUGUGGAAGCUGUCAAGCAAAUGGCAAGUUUGGCAGACACUGAUGUGUUCAUCUGCACAAGCCCAAUCAAGAAGUACCGCUACUGCCCUUAUGAGAAGUAUGCCUGGGUGGAGAAGCACUUUGGCCCCGAGUUCCUGGAGCAGAUCGUUCUGACGCGAGAUAAGACGGUGGUUUCUGCUGACCUGCUUAUAGAUGACAGACCUGAUAUAACAGGGGCUGAGCUGAACCCCAGCUGGGAGCAUGUGCUCUUCACAGCCUGCCACAACAAGCACCUGCAGCUGAAGCCCCCAAGACGCAGGCUGCAGUCCUGGACCGACGACUGGAAGGCCAUUCUGGACAGCAAACGCCUGCCUCCCAGCCAAGCCACCUAAACACCAGCCUCCCACAGCCACCCAGGGCUGUGGCCAUCCACUCCUGUCCCUGUGGAGUCCUGCUGAAAGCUGGAACCACGGGUGGGCAGACAAAUAGACUGUCCCUGCUGUAGGGAAGAAGAGGAAGGUGAGCUGAAGCACCGUGGCCACUCCGACCUCAGAGAGCAGACCCCAGCGUGGCCAUUCCACAAGAGACCAGCAACAAGAUUGGACCCAUGGAUGUGGCAGCCCAGCUCGGGGAGGGCAUUUCCUUCUGGCUCCUGAGGUCUCUGUGCUGUAUCUGCACCCUCUGUGAGGCCAGUCCAGUGUCACUCUGGCAGACGAGAUCACCCUCUGGCUGUCACUGCCCUUGCCUGGAGCUCUGCUGGCACAGCCCAGCUCUCCUCCCCUGCAUGACAAUCGGUGUCUCAUUUUGUCCUUGAAGGAAUUCCCAGAGAGAGGCUGUCUUGGAGGAUGGUUCCUUCUAGUCAGUGUCUGGGUCUAGGGAGAGGGCAGUAGGAGUGGACAAAGGAAUUCCCACCUGCCUUCAUCCCUGACGAGCUGCCAGUUUGAGCUGGGGCUUCAGAGCUGAUUUGGGGUGAGAGAGGCUCUUCCCCCACCUGCUCAUCAGCUCAUCACUCUUGGGCCACUUUCCCAGGGCAUCUCUGGGGCAGUGAGCAGGUAGCAGCAGAGCUAGCAAGAACCCUUCCUGGGAACUGGGCAUUUCCUGCAGGAGCUCAUGGCUCACCCUGCCGGUGAUCUGAAAGCAGCUUCUUGGAUUUCAAGGUUGUGCAGGUCCACACAUGCUGGAUGCAUGCUCAGAUCACCUCAUCUCCCUCCUCCUGCUGAUUGUCUGACAUCAGCCUGCCAGAAAAGCUCUGGGCAUGCAUCCUCUGGGCACUCAACUUCUAUGUAGAAGGUUGAGUGCUGCAUACCACCAGGGACAGGGGCAGUUGAUGCCACAGUGCAUCCUAAAGCCUUCAGUAUGGAGCCUCCUGGAAGGGCACUGCUGAGUGGACAAGUGAGGCUGGUGGGGGAGCUAUGGCAUUGCUAGGAAGUGAGUAAAGCAGAGGCACCGUGGAGGUCCAGAGGGCAGGUUGAGGGUUGCAUUGGUUAAGGACUGUCAUGGUUCCAUCUGUGGAUGCUGUUUUCAGUUCUCAAAUACCACAAGUUGGGGGGGAUGUUGCUGUUUAAGGUUAGGGAGCCCAUCAGAGGUGCCCACUAGGUUGUAUCACAGGGUUGUUUCGUUCUGCAGCUCCACCACUGGGCGUUUGGGGCAGACAUGCUGCCAGUCACACUCACCUCAUGCUGGGACCCCUGCAGCAAGGUGUUCAGCUGCCUGGCCAGUGUGAAGGGCCUGCAGCAUAAGGGGCUGUGCCAGCCACCACUGCCAGGUGACUGUGCCAGGGCUGCUGAGCAUCAGAAAUGGAGCAUUUGGAUCAAGCAGCAGCUCCAAGAGAGAUGCUUUUGCGUAGCUGUGCCCACAGCCUCUCCUCUUCUUCCCUGCCUGACUCAUUCUUGUCUCCCCAAGCCUGCCCCAGGCUGGCCUUGAACUGCAGUGGCCCAGCUGGCACCCGAAAGCAGGCAUCACUGCUGCUUCCCCACCUGAACUCAGGGAAGAGACAUCUCAGCUGCUGGGGACACCACCUGGCCAUUCCAAGCAGGACCCAGUGCUGGACUGCUCCAGGCAAAGCUCUGGGGAUGUGCUGGGUGCAUCAGGACUUGAUGUGGAGGCCAUUGCUGCUGCCACCAUGGAGGGCAUACUGCCCCUGCUGCCACCACCCACACUGUCUGGGAUCCCACCGACUGCUCCUGCACUCCUGGCCUGAGGACUUGCUGGCUCCAAGGACUAAUGUUCCCCACUGGGACAUGUCACCCCAUGGGCAGGGGUGGUAGGCAGGGCUUGGCAUGCUGUGCUGCUUGCUCACAGCUUUGGCUUGCCUCUCCUCUCUUUUGUGGCCCCCCCAUCAGCAAAAAAAAAAGUGAGCUUAAAGCUACAUAAACAAGAGAUGCAGCAGCUGCCCCUCCAUGUUUGGAACCUGGAGGGGCUCCUGGAGUUGGUGCUUCAAACUUGUGCCUUCUCUAGCUGCUGUGGGGCUAGAGAUGGGGUCUGCAUCAUCUUGGGUCACUCUGAAAGCUGCUUUGUCUCUUGGGAUGGUUGGGGUAAAGCUGAUGUGGUUGGCCCAGGGUGAUGUGAGUUACCACAAGGAUCUUGUAGUUGUAAUACUUUUUCUCCCUCCCCCCCCAACUCUGUUUAAACCACUAUGUACUUCUCCAGGCUGGGGGGUUGGCAGCAGACACCUGAGAUGUAGCAGCCAAGAAUCACCUCGGUUGGAGAGUUGUAGAUGGGGAGCUGGGACAGUGAGUAGAGCACCAUGGGCAGCCACUAAGGUCACCAAACAUCAUGUAUGGAGUCUUACCAACUGCUAGCUCCUUCAUGGCCUCAUGGGGUCCCAGCUGGGUUUUCUUUCCAGCAGCCCCAUUUAAAUGUGAGUUGAUCAAGUUCUGCAGAGUCUUCUCACAGCCUGUCCUCCAGCUGAAGCUGGGUCUGGCAUGUCAUUACAACAGCUGCCCAAACCAGCCAUCUUCCUCCAAGGCUGGGAUGAACCUGAUGGAUGUGGAGACAGGGAUGGAUGUGAGGGAUGUGGCUCUCUGGCAACCAGUGUGAGUUUCCCUCUUGGUGGGAAGUGGUGCUGGAGAGACUGUGUGGCUUCACACCAAAUAUACUUGAAAGCAGAGCUGGAGUUUCUCAUGCCUGAGGAUCUGGCUCAACACAGAAACCCAGGGGAGGUAUCUGGUCAAUUUGCAGCUGCCAAGCUUGGGGCUGGGAGGUGGCUGUCUGUUUCCCAAUGGAUCAGCCCUUUCAGUAUUCAAGCCCUUCUGUGGCCAGCUCAUGUACACAGAGCAUUCAUUUGUAAAUGCACGUUUAUAAACCCAAAGCUGUUGAGGAGCACUGCAAUAAAACAUUGGGGUUUGUUGGCA